AUGCGGCCAGUCUUCCGGGCCUGCAUCACGGGGCUUCCGCCGCAGUCAGCACCUGCGAGCCCGGGAAAGCUCGCCUUGGCGGACUUUUGCGCACGCCUGGUGUCGCUUAUGCUCGGAAACCUCGUCAGGCGGAAGCUCCGGUUUGUGGGCCGAGGGGCGCUGCCGGGACCUAGGCUGUGGAAUGCGGCAGCGCGGCCAAGCAAUUCGGAGAACUGUGGCGCCGCCCGCGUCAGCAGCAUGCGUGGCACGCACUCUGGCGUGGCACGAGCACGGCCGGCUGGCUGCAAGAUGCGGCGGCGCGGAGCUCGCUGA